AUGUCUUCACAGGUCUGCCAUGGCAUGCACAAUGGGGUAAUUCAGAACAUCCAAGCCGACCUGCCGUGUGGUGUCACCAAUUCCAGCCAUCCCUAUGUUACCUGCUGCGUCAAUGGCGACUAUUGCCUCAGCAAUUCCAUCUGCGUGAACACGAACAACGAGAAUGGGAAUCUUUAUUAUGCGGCCGACUGCACAGACGAGACCCUAACAGAUCCCGCCUGCGCGACACGAUGUGGAGGAAGGAAUAGUGCCGAAAUUGUAUACACCUCUGCAGGCUACUGGGCCUGCUGCGAAAAUUCCGCCGGGACGGUAAACUGCUCGGACCCUUCCGAAGAAAUCUUCCCCGGAGUCGCGCCCUCCAAACUCGCUACCAUUCAAUAUCUGCCAUCCACGGCGUCCGGCACGCCAAUUUAUGCGGUCGCAUCUUCUACCUCUACCUCUGAUUCCUCUGCCUCUAAUGCUUCAACAACCUCGUCCUCUUCCUCCUCCUCCACCGGUUCGUCCAGCAGUGGUUCUUCCGGGAUCGGUGCCGGCGCGGCUGCCGGAAUCGGUGUAGGCGCUGCCGCAGGCCUUGUCAUAGUCGCGGCCAUACUAGCACUUCUGUACUUCCGCCGGCGGAAUGCGCAGAGUGAUGGGCUUCCCCAAGGGCCUGGGGGAUAUAAUGGGUUGGGCGAUGGGUCGUGGGCGCAGACUCAGCCCGUGGUUCAUCAGGUAUAUGAGCUGGAUCGGUCCGGGCCGCAUCCCGAACUGGAUGGGCAACCUAAAGCCAUGUAA